AUGGAAGACAAUGAAAGCUCGUGCAGUGCAAUUGUUAAAUACAACAAUAGAAAAACGGAGAGGCGUGGACUACCUGAAUUUGCCGUGGAAGACACGAAAAUUCUACAAAAUUGUUACAUUGCAUUUAGGCGGAUUGAAAGCAUUAAAUGUACAAUGGAUCAGUCGUAUGGGUUUCAAGAAUCAUAUACAAAACAGAUAAAUGAUCGGAAAAGGAUUACCCUCGCCCUGUUAAAAGACCAGAAAAGAGAGAAGGCGCAAGAAGAUGAAGCUGAUAUGAGAACUAGCGUGUUCACUACGAACGAGGAAAAACAGGUCAUCGUUAACGAGCCUUUGUCCUACCGAAGGAAAGCUACACCUUAUGAGAAGGUUUCGCUGGGGAGAGGCUGUUGCGGACAAAAGGCUUAUAUUACUGUAGAAAGGAGCAAGUCAGCCUGA